AUGACUGUGUGGUGGGGCGUCGCUAGUUCGAGUGGACUCUCGCUUGAUCUGGCUCACCCGGAGUACAUUGCGCACGCCGGACCUUUACCCACGUCCGACGUUCGCUUUAUCUUCUGCUCUUUCAAACCGUUUCUUCGUGCAACCGAAAAGCUGGAGCUGCCGUCGAUCUCGCAGGUCCACACCCGCGGUCCUGCUGACAUCCCCUGGUACAACCCUCACGCGGCCGAACGACCGUUAUUGUCCGGCGACAAACUCCCCGCUCUGAGCUUGCCGACAGCCACCCAGGGCAUCUCCCGAACCGCCUAUCAAGACCACAAUUCUGCCAACUCCAGCGCCCGCACGAGUCUGUCUGGGGCUUCCAUCCCGGUUAACGAGCCUAGGAGCCCUCCGCCCUCUGCGGACCUCUCUGGCACCCAGGGCCGAUUAUCACUGGACUCCUCUGCCGCGACGGAAUAUAGUCUUCCGCCCUCGGUCAACGACGGAUACUACCCCAGCCCGACUUCUCUCGGCAGCAUGAACCAAGCCCAGCCGUAUAUGGAUGUUCACUCACACAUGUCCUCUGCUCAAUCAUACGCUCCCCAAGGUACAACCGCUGGCGCCAUGUCCCAUUAUCAGUACCCCCAGCAACCUCCAGUUAUGCAGCCCUCUGCCUCUUACGCCCCCGUCUCCUACCCCCAGUAUGGCUACCACACCGGGGCCACAUCUCCACCAACAGGACAGCCUCCGAGCUCUAUGGGUGGCCAGAUGCCCGCCCAGUUGCUGCCCUUGCCUGUGAACAAUCACGGCGUGGCACCUGCGGGUGGUUAUGGGAACAACACGGGCGCUCCCCUUCAGGGAUUUGUCUUUGACCCUACCGGUCAAGUGGCACCCCCGGGAGCGAAGCCGCGAGUGACGGCUACUCUGUGGGAAGACGAAGGAAGCCUCUGCUACCAGGUGGAAGCGAAGGGAGUCUGCGUGGCUCGACGUGAGGAUAACCACAUGAUCAACGGCACAAAGCUGCUAAAUGUGGCUGGCAUGACCCGUGGUCGACGUGAUGGGAUUUUGAAGAGCGAGAAGCUCCGCCACGUUGUGAAGAUUGGACCAAUGCAUCUGAAGGGUGUCUGGAUUCCAUUCGAGCGUGCUUUGGAAUUUGCGAACAAGGAGAAGAUCACUGAUCUCUUGUACCCGCUCUUUGUGCACAACAUCGGUGGCCUGCUGUACCACCCAGCCAACCAGACUCGCACUAACAUGGUGGUGCAAGAGUCACAGCAGCGGCGCAUGGAAGGCCCACCACCGGGCCCCCAGCGCACGCCCUCUGGGCCUCAGCAACCUCCCAAUCUUCACCACCAUCACUCCCUGCAGACCCCCAUGUCUUCUCACAUGUCGCAAGCCCCAAUGUCCGGGCAGCCGGGGUCCCGCCCAGGUCUUGACCGGGCCAACACUUUCCCCACCCCCCCAGCUAGCGCAUCCAGCGUGAUGGGAGUGACAAACCAAGGUAGUUCGUACGAAUGGGGUGGCCAGGCCAUAAACUCUAGUGUGCCGCACACUCAGCCCCUGUCAAUUGACACUACGCUGAGCAACCAGCGCUCCAUGCCCACCACGCCGGCGACGACACCCCCCGGCCAUAACAUGCAGCACGGCCUUGCCUCUUACCAAGGCCAGCCGGGUUACGACAGUAAGCCUUACUAUUCGGCUGCUCCCCAGUCCCAAUCUCAAUACGCCCCACACACGCCAUUGACCCAGUCAGGGAUGCCCAGCUACGGCCAGUCUCUGCCGGGCAGCUACAUGAAGAACGAUAUGGCUCCACCCAAUCCCAGAGCCCCUGGUGCGGCUGACCCGGAGAGCACAGAACGCCAGCCGGAGCAUUACUCGCGGAGUAACGGUGCGCCCGGCGACUCUGUCCCAGAGCAUGAACAGGAGUACCUGCAGGACCACAACAGUGGCUAUAACUCCAACCGGAACUCCUACACCUACACCACCAACCCCUCCGUCACUUCAUUGACUGGCGAGCACUCGCAGCUCACCCCGGAGAUGACCAGCUCGCCUUCACAGCAGAAUGGGUCGGGUCGCAUGACUCCUCGCACAGGUGGUGCGCCUCCCCACUGGGCCUCCGGGUAUAACACUCCUCCCCGCCCUGCCGCUGCCACGACUCUGUACAACGCCGUCAGCGACACCCGCGGUACUCCCGCGAACGGUGCGUCAGACCCGUACUCCAUGGCGUCCUCCUCGACGCCAGUCUACUCGACUGUCAAUGGAUCCAUCGGCUCGGGCAGCAAGCGCAUGCGCGAGGAUGACGAUGUCAUCCGCCCCGACACUGGUGCAGAGUACGAGACCAAGCGCCGCAAGACAAUCACUGAUAGUACAAUUGGUGGUCCAGUCGGCGGUGCUCCAAUCCUACAGCCCAUGAAGACGAGCGGAGUCAUGGCUCGCCAUCGCUGA